GUUUCUGCCUUAUCUCCUCCAAAGCGGGCCAGAUGGUUGGUUCUACCAUAGGUCCGUCUUGUCUUACAAUCUUCUCCCUGCUUCCGCCUUCUCUGCCCUCCCAAGCGGGCCAGAUGGUUGGUUCUACCAUAGGUCCGUCUUGUCUUACACUCUUCUCCCUGUUUCUGCCUUCUUUCCCGUCCCAAGCGGGCCAGAUGGUUGGUUCUACCAUAGGUCUGUCUUGUCUUACACUCUUCUGCCUGUUUCUGCCUUAUCUCCUCCAAAGCGGGCCAGAUGGUUGGUUCUACCAUAGGUCCGUCUUGUCUUACACUCUUCUCCCUGUUUCUGCCUUCUUUCCCGUCCCAAGCGGGCCAGAUGGUUGGUUCUACCAUAGGUCCGUCUUGUCUUCCUCUCUCAUCCCUGUUUCUGCCUUAUCUCUCCUCCCAAGCGGGCCAGAUGGUUGGUUCUACCAUAGGUCCGUCUUGUCUUGCAAUCUUCUCCCUGCUUCCGUCUUCUCUUUCCUCCCAAGCGGGCCAGAUGGUUGGUUCUACCAUAGGUCCGUCUUGUUUAACAAUUUUCUCCCUGCUUCCGCCUUCUCUGCCCUCCCAAGCGGGCCAGAUGGUUGGUUCUACCAUAGGUCUGUCUUGUCUUACACUCUUCUCCCUGUUUCUGCCUUCUCUCCCUCCCAAGCGUGCCAGAUGGUUGGUUCUACCAUAGGUCCGUCUUGUCUUCCUCUCUCAUCCCUGUUUCUGCCUUAUCUCUCCUCCCAAGCGGGCCAGAUGGUUGGUUCUACCAUAGGUCCGUCUUGUCUUGCAAUCUUCUCCCUGCUUCCGUCUUCUCUUUCCUCCCAAGCGGGCCAGAUGGUUGGUUCUACCAUAGGUCCGUCUUGUUUAACAAUUUUCUCCCUGCUUCCGCCUUCUCUGCCCUCCCAAGCGGGCCAGAUGGUUGGUUCUACCAUAGGUCUGUCUUGUCUUACACUCUUCUCCCUGUUUCUGCCUUCUCUCCCUCCCAAGCGUGCCAGAUGGUUGGUUCUACCAUAGGUAUGUCUUGUCUUCCUCUCUCA